AAUAUAUGCGAUGGGUGGGGACGCAAACGUCCGUAUCACCCUAAUAAAAAGCGCGUUAUUGCAGCAAAAAAAAUCAGAAUCGGCUCGUUUAGCAGCAGAAGAAAAUCGUCUCCGUCGUGGAAGCCCUUCGAAAACAUCGGUGGUGAAUUACGAAGUUCAAGAAUACAUGGGAAUGAUGAAAGUCAAUGAGUUUGCAGCCGUUUUCGUGGCAGCCAUCGCCUUGCUGGGCCAAGUCCAUGGCCGCAUUUAUCAGACGAACGACGCCAUCGUUUUCGAAAUCGACCGGGCAUCGGAUGGCUCUUUUCUUGCAAAGAGUUUCCCGCUUAGCCAAUCAGAUUUGAUGCCAAUCAAAAAUUUCCUGAAUGGCGGGCUAGUUCCAAAUUCACACAUUCCGUUCGUCGAGCCGAUCGCAGAAGUGAAUUCGUACAGCAUCGGCCUGCAUCCGCAGCAGCAAGGCCCGAUUUUUUACAACUGGUUGCACCAUCCUUUCGUGUAUGGUGGAGUCUAUGCUACUCCGGCAAUCGGUUCCAUCAGGGCAGACCAGACACUCAAACAAGAAACCAAACAGGGCAGUAUUACUUGUGGCCGUGGACCUAAUCAAAAUAAGAUUAUCAGUGGCACGGAAGCUGAGAAGAAUUCUUGGCCUUUCAUAGUAGGUUUUAUGAGACCUGGCAGUGGGAUAGUCGGUUGCGGCGGAUCUUUAAUUUCUGAAACAAGAAUUCUGACAGCAGCCCAUUGUUUUGAACAAAUGUCCAUGUAUCAGUUGUCGCAAAUUGUUGUGAAACUUGGAAUGCAUGACCUUGGAGACGGUGGUCAGCAAGGGGAUGACGCGAUAAUGACGAGAAGAAUCAGUCGCAUAGCACUUCAUAAAGCAUAUCAUAACAGAAAUUUUGGAUUCGAUAUCGGCAUUAUAACAAUGGACUCGCCCGUCACUUACUCAAAAGACAUUUCACCCGUCUGCUUGGCACCUGCAAGUGGUGAACCUGACGUCUACGCAGGAGAAACUGCCUCCGUCAUGGGAUGGGGAGAUCUACAAUCCGGGGCUAAUGCUGGUUCGCGAAAGCUAAUGCAAGCUCAAGUUCCGAUCAUAACGAACAACGAGUGCAAGCAGGACAUGGUACAACCUGUCAAUAUUUUUUUCAACCACUGGCUGUGUAUCAGGACCACUGAUUCCAGUACAUGCCAAGGUGACAGUGGUGGUCCGCUAGUUGUGCAAUCUGAGCCGGGCGGUGCAUGGUCCCAAGUCGGCAUCGUCAGUUGGGGAUAUGAAUGCAAUAAUGCGGAUCACCCUGUUAGUUUUUUCACGAGGGUGAAUUGGCUAAGAGGAUGGAUUAACGGAAACAUGAGGGAUUGAUGGGCGUGAUUAUUUACACAUCGUCACGCGUUCCAAAGGCUACAUAUGACACGACACACGGCGAAAUGGCAAACCUGUUUGGAAAAGUGCAUAACUCUGAGAUUCGAAAAAGAUCGCUAAGUUUUGUGCCUUUAUCCUUCAUGAUUUUCUCGGUUUCUAUUUAAAAAUUCAAUUGCUGAUUUUAUUUGAAGCAAAAAGUAGCAAGUUUCUUUUGUUGUUCUGCAACUAUCUUCUGUCUCGGCUUAUAGCUUUCUAAAUUUUUCAAAAAACAAAUUUAGAUCUGAAUAAAAAAAUUGCAAUUCAAAACAUUUAA